AUGCUGUCAAGGCGCAUGCUUAGCAAGGCCGACGAGGAGGCCAUCGGCGACGAGGUCGAGGUCCGGAGGGAGGACCAGGACAAGAUCAACAAGUUCAGCCGUCUGCACUCGCGCGAGCUCGGUAUCGAAGAUGAACUGAAGAACAAGAGUAAGGAGAAGGAGGAACUCGACGACCUCAACACAGAACUGGAGCUCGCCGACGAGGACGAGGCCGUGCCAUACAAGAUUGGCGACGCCUACUUCCACGUCCCGCAACCCCAGGCACUCGAGAUGCUUGAGAAGGCAUCAUCCAAGAUCGAGGAGGAGGUUGAGGAGCUGGAAUCCAAGCUGGAGACAAUCAAGGAGGAAAUGACCCAACUCAAGGUUGAGCUGUACGCCAGGUUCGGGAAGAGCAUCAACCUCGAGACAUGA